AUGGUGUGCAAAUCUUGUUGUAAAGAAGAGAAGAAGAAAAAAUAUAAGAGAGGACUUUGGACUCCUGAAGAAGACAGUAUAUUAAGAAGCUAUAUUCUCAAAUACGGCUAUGGAUACUGGAGCCAAGUUCCUAAACUAGCUGAUUUUAUUGUGGUCUUGAAAUUUUGCAGGCUUAGGUGGAUCAAUUACUUGAGGCCAGGGCUGAAACGUGGGAGCUUCUCCCUACAAGAACAAAUGAUUAUCAUCAAUACACAUGAACUUAUAGGGAACAGGUGGUCUGAUAUUGCUUCGAUGCUUCCUGGGCGAACUGAUAAUGAGAUAAAGAAUUUCUGGCAUACCCAUUUGAAGAAGAAACUCAAAGUGAAUAUUGUGGGCAGUAAUGGCGAUGCCCACAAAACACUUGGCGAGGAACCUUUGGUGUGUAGCAGCAGAAGCACAACUAUGGAAGCAAAUGACCUGCAAAUGGAUUUUCUUGAUUCAAAAGACGAGCUUAAUUUGCAAAGCUCAACAUCUACACUUCCUGUAAGUCUUCCAAUGCCAAUAUCUACUAGGUGUUCAACAAUGAACUCAAAUAUUGGGUUUGAAGAUGUCAAGCCCAAACCUGCAUCCAAAAGUGUCCCAGACGAUAGCUCUUUGCUGGGUGUUUUGUUUUCCCAAUGGUUUUACUCAGACCAGAAGGAAACUCCCACCAUUGACAUGGCUUGCGAAAGAUUAGAAAUUCCUGAAGAGUACCCACAAUCGACAACAGGCUCAGAAAAUUCCAGCUGCAUGAGUUACCAGUCAGAGUUGUUUGCAAUGUCAGAAAUGAAUCACAUUACAAGUUCAGAAUUCACCAAAGGACUACAUAGGCCAACUGCAAACUUGCCUCCUCCUGAUAGCUCUCUGCUAUGUCAUGAAACUAUUGUCUGCAACGACAUCUCAGCAACCUUGGAUUACACAACUAGUGAGAACAUUGCUGAAUAUUGGGAUAUCAUGAACUACAAUGAGGUCGAUUUGGGGAUCCAUUGCGACUCUAAUUUGCUUGAGCUCUGCUCUCUGCUGGAUUUGGAUUAA